AUGUGGUGGAAUGAGGGAUUCUUCGAUGAGAGUCUUGAGAUGCCUAUCGUUAACUCAAUGGGGUCCUACGUGAAACCUAUGUUGUUGAGUCCUCUUACCAGACAUUCAGAUCACACCCCCAAGAUCGAGGGGGAUCAGUUCGGUCUUAACCCUGCCAAGAUUUGGGACGAUGGACACCUAUUCUCGAAACACAGUCCAAUGCCAGUUGGGCUUUUCGUUGGUUCAUCUGAAUUUUUGUUAUUAAAGAUUGAUGGCCUUGAUAACCUCAUGCAGGUCUUAUUCUUAUCGGAAGGUGUUCCAGAGACCGAAAAAUCGGAAAGAUAA